AUUUUGAAAGAGUUCGCAUUGCUUUAGGAUUUUAAGUUCUAGCAAAAUGCUCCCAGUGCUUAUGGUCAACACUGUCGUCACUGUAAGCCAUCUUUCCAUUAACCAGAGUUAUCUAAUGCACCAACAUCCCACCUACUCUCAUAAUCAUUCAGUCAUGCCAGCAUGUCGGGGACAGCUGCUACGAGGCCUUAUGCAGAGUAGGACUUGACUAUCAUUGGGACAAUGCUGGGCCCUCAUCAUUGAUAACAGGGCAAGCUUGAAGCUUUUAAUAACUACCGGUAGUAGAUAAAAAGAACCAUCUGGGAAACAGUCUGUAGCAAGUGAACAAAAACAAGGACAGGAAGGACAACAUGUUGGCAGCAGUAAGACAACGUCGCAUCCUAGCCGUGAUGGGACUGGUCACGAUAGUCUACCUUGUCCUGUUACGGCGGCAAUACCUCCUCGAUGGUUUACAGUCAAAUGGAACAAAACACAUCACAAAGAGGCUGGAAACUCAUUACGUUAGUUUGAAUACGAUUGCAUUACGUGACAAUAAACAUUACCAACCAAAAUGUCUGUUGCUGCUCAAUGGAACGCAGGAUGAGGUGAACAAAACGCGAGAUUUGUUGCAAAAAGAUAUCGGGAGGCCGUUGCCGAAUUCAUAUUUUAUUCAGGAGGCCAAAGAUUGUGGCUCGUUUAAAUGGAAAUAUGGUUACAAUAACCCAUACCAUAAAGAACCGUUGAAUAUUUCAGUGGCCUAUAUUUUAAAUGUAUGGAAUUCAGCACAUCAAUUUGAAACGUUAUUUCAUGCCAUUUAUAAUGAGAAUAACAUCUAUUGCGUGCACAUUGAUCAGGGUGCCCUCGAUUCUUUAAAAGAAGCCAUCAAGGCGAUUGUGAAUUGUUUCCCGGGUAGUGCUUUCCUGGCUACGAAAAUGGAAAUGCAAAUCAAAAAUCAUCAUUCUGAGCUUCUCAGCGAGAUUAAUUGCAUGACCGAUCUUCUCAAACAUGACAACAGGUGGAAGUAUGUUAUCAAUUUAGAGGAGGACAGCUUCCCUUUAAAAAGUAAUAAGGAGAUAGAGAACUUUUUGACUCUUCUCAAGGAUAGGAAUGAUAUGCCUGGGAAACGGAUGGAUUCUGAGGAAUUGAAAGACAGGUAUCGCUACAUACAUGAAGUUAUCAAAUCAGAAAAUGGUGUCACAACAUUGGAGCAGAAGACAGACCUAAGGGAGAAACCGCCACUGAAGACAGACAUCAUGUAUGGAUUUCCAUACUACGUUGCCACAAGGCAUUUCACUGAAUUCAUCUUCCAAGACUAUUUUGCUCAGAUAUUUCUCAAGUGGCUGAAUCAGACUUACAGUCCCAGGGAGAUGUACUGGGCCACGAUGAAUCACCUGCAUUCAACGCCAGGCAGCAGUAUUGACAGAUCUCUUGUUUCCAUGGCGCACGUCAUGAAACCAGAGUAUCUUGAUGAUGAACAGCCCAUUGAGAAGUGUGAAGGGAAGUAUGUUAAUAACCUGUGUGUGUUUGGGGUGGGCGAUUUGGCCUGGUUGUUGAAGAGGAAGGAACUGUUUGCCAGACGUGUUGACUUGCACUUUGACCAUGUUGUCAUCGACUGCCUUGAAAAGUUACUGCCACGAGGAAGCCUUGCUAACACAUAACAUUAGGCCUAGUGUAAACCCCAAAUUACCAAGGCCAUUAACCCUUUUGAUGCGGAAGAGUUUAUUUGCAUAUUUAACAACGUGGAGAUAAGAAUUUUAGAAGUCUAGUCAUUGUUUGGAUACAGUGCCGCCUCUACACAGCAUGUUAGUGGCAAUAUUGAUAUUUGGCAGUAAUCAUGCUUCUCCUCCUUUAAGAUUCAUCAACAUGUCAAAUCAAAACCAAUUGCAUUAUCUUCAGUUUUGCAAUUAAUGCAUUUAUGAAUGAGUGGACACAAGUGCAAUUAAAACACAUUUACAACAAUAAAGAGUGAAAUUUACAUAGCUUUUCUCAGAGUUCGUUAUUUUCCACACUGAUUGCAAUGACUGAUGAAUACGAUUACAUUUUUAGCUGACAACAACUUGUUUCCUUCCGUAAACAAGAAGCACCAAUGGUAAACUGAUCAAGAAGCUAUCGGAGAUAGUUACAUUGGUUCAUCAAAUUGAAUAGACGAGGUUUUUUACCUGACCUAAUUGGAGACCAAGCGCAGAAGGAAGAAUUGCGUCCACUAUCCAAACGCAAAUUCUGGUAUUCAUGAAAUUGCA